AUGUCUCAGCUUCAUCGCUUCGUCACCGAACCCUCGUCCGCCCUUGCCUCCUCGUCCUCCUCCCCCACCGCAUCGCACGACUCGCUGCGCCCGCACACCGACGCUCCCUGCAUCAUACACGACAUGCAGGUCUCGGUCGCGCUUGGUGCACAGGCCGACGAGCGGUACUCGGCUCCCGCGUCGAGGAGGGCGUCUCGAGACGAGUCUGACGGCGCGAGGACGGCACCGGCAGGACCUACGACGCCCGCGAACGGCGCCGCGCAUGCCUCGGACGGUGUGCAACCUCCGCACGAUGCAGGAAACGCCGUUGGGACUGUACAGAACGGCUCACAGACGCAGCGAACAGAGGCGAAAGGAUCGGCGGCGGUCGUCGAUGGGGUCGCCAAGGAUUUCACAGCUGGCGAAGCGGAGGAAGAAUCGUUCGCAGAGUGGCUGUCGAGGUAUCGCGUUGGACGAGCCGGACCAAGCGACGAGACGCCCGCUCCUCCGCCCGCCAUUCGCGCCAUACUCGAGGGACGGGGUAGCCUAGACGGCGGCGGAGUAGCCUCGACAUCCUCGCGUCGACCGUCACUUGUCCAGCAACCGUCUGCCACAUCCACCGCCUCAAUCACAUCCACCUCGUCCCUCCCCUCCCUCAACUCCGUCACCGCCGAAACCCUGCUCGAGUUCUACCGCCAGAAGGGACACUUCCCUGCUCCGCCUGGCCCGUACGAGGAGGAGCGUUUGCGACUUGCGCACAAGUACGGCCUCGACCAACCGUCGCGGCGGAAAGCAAUCGACCGGAUCUGCGGCCUGGCAAAGGCGUACUUCAAGACCUCGUCCGUCGUGAUCAGCUUGACCUUCGACGACUACCAGGUUCUCGGCGCCGAGCGAGGCUUCGGACCCGAAGAACCCGCUUUCGACUCUCCUCCUCGUCCUCUCGAGCUCCCGCCAGCUUUCUGCACCCACGCUAUGCUCGCCUCGUACCGCGACCCGCAUGCAGUCUUCAUCGUCCCUGACGCCGACCAAGACUGGCGCUUCAAAGGCAACCCUUACAAUGUCAAGAAUGGCGGAGGUCUCUCGUUCUACGCUGCGGCGAACGUACACCUCCCCGUCUCGUCUUCGAAGCGAGACCAGGGUCUACCGCCGACUCUCGCGUCCGGCGCGCUCUGCCUCAUCGACCCAACACCUCGGGCAGCCGAGACGUUCUCGACCGAAGAACGCCAGGUCUUGACCGACUUUGCAGAGAUGAUCAGUCGCGAGUUUCAGCUUGGGUUUGAGCAGCGGAGGAGGGAGGUCGAGGCGGAACAGACGGCUUUCGUCGGGCGGUUCUUGCGCGAGGCACUCGUCUUGCCUUGCCAGCCGGACUCGUCGCUCCCGUCGUCGCAUGAUGCCGCCUCGAAGGGCAAUAGGGUAUCUCGGCGCAGUCGACCUCGCCCCAGCAGUUCAUCCGAAACAGCAUCUCCUUCAACUACUCCCGCCGACUCCACCAGCGACUCUCCCGCCGAAUCGCUUUUCGCCGUCGCAGCGCGCCAACUCCGUACGCUCACGCAUGCCGAAUCCUCCGCCAUCCUCGACCUUCGCUCCUUCCGGCCUUCUUCAGCUAGUCCUCGCCCUCUUCACCACCCGAAAGAGCGGAGUGGCCAGCAACACUUCGUCUCAGUCCCUGCCAGUCCGGCCUCUAGCCCGCCUCUCCCUGUCGACGGCCAGCCAACCUCACUCCCGCUUCAACCGCCUCCGCAGAUGGGCGGACAGACCGAGGGAUCGAAGAGCCAGACUAGAGGCAGUGUUGCGCUGAUGGGCUAUAACGGCGACGUUAACUGGACCGAGGCGCUCGGCUCGCGCGAGAUGGAGGAGAAGUUGUUGCAGGCGGUGGAGGAGACAUUGGAGGCUUACUACGAGGAAGCGACUGAUUCGCCCGAAGCGUCCGGCAUCGAUGCCGAAGCGUUUAUUCGACUGGGCGUUAUCCCUGGGGCGUCCGCGGGCGCGUCGUUCGUCGUUCCCGUCUUCGACUCGGACGGCAGCCCAGUCAUCCUCCUGAUUGUAACGAGCGGCGAGAAGUGGUUCUCCUUUGAACCGACCGAUCGCCAGUUCGCCGCAUCAGUGGGCGCCAUUGUCGUCGGCUCACUCUUGCGGCAGCGAGCGCUCGAAGCGGACAAAGCCAAGCUGCACUUCGUCUCGCAAGUCAGCCACGAGUUGCGAACCCCGCUGCACGGCUGCAACUCGCAGCUCGAGCUCAUGCGCGAGUUCGCGUCACCGCUCGAGCUCCGCAAACUCGCCCCUCUCCUCGACGCUGCCGACGUCUGCCUCGAAUCGCUCUCAGACGUCCUCAACGACGUCCUCGACUUCUCCAAGCUGGAUCACGCAGCAGCCGUCGCCUCUCCGCGCGACAUUGCAGAGAUGCACCGGCCAGCACUCGUACAGACGGACUUGGCGGCCUUGGUCGAGGGCGUGGCCAAGAGUACGUGGGUCAGGAAGCAGCGGGUCGAUCUCGUGAGCGAGGAUCUGGCAAAGGGUGAGCCGGAUGGGAAGUCGGCUGAGAAGGGUCAGGUGGACUUGCUGCUCGAAGUGAAGGAGCGGAGCAGUGGCUGGCGGGCCCUGGUCGACGUGGGCGGCCUCAAGCGCGUGCUCUUCAACAUUGUCGGGAACGCUCUCAAGUUCACCCGGAAGGGUGAAGUCAGGAUCGUCCUGCAAGACCUCGGCACCGUUCCCUCUCCUUCCUCGACCGCUUCGGACGACGGUGAUCGGACGGAACAUCGCCUCGUUCUGCUUGAAGUGCGCGACACCGGUAUCGGCAUGUCGGACGACUUCGUGCGAAACGCCUCGUACCUUCUGCCCUUCCGACAGGCCGACCCUUUCGUCACCGGCGCUGGACUCGGAUUAUCCAUCGUCGACACAAUCUUGAAGCGGAUGGGCGGGAAGCUCGACGUCUCUUCGCAGCUCGGCGUCGGCACCUUGAUGCGCAUUACCAUUCCGCUCGAUUUCGUCCCUACCCCGAACUCGCCUCCUACCGACUCAUCCCUUCCUCGACUACGCACCCGCAAUAUCUCUGCCGAGCUUCGCCACGUCCUCCAACAUGGUCCCUCGAGUCUCCUUGCGUCCCGCUCGACGACCCGGUCACGCGCCGCUUCCCUUUCGCUGCCGCUCGACGGGACUGCGCUGUCGCUGUCGCCACUUCCAGCAACGCCCGCGCUCGCCACGGUCGACUUUGACGCGGCAGUUGCCGCUACAGCCGCCACUUUCCCCUACCCUCUGCCUACCGAUUCUGCUCCGCCACCGCCUCUCGGCGCGAAAGAGGGUCCCGAAGACCUCGUCGGCGAUGCCGCCAAGCUGAGUCUGUCGAGCGCGACAGCCGGUCUGUCGUUUGAGUCUACCCCUGUGCCGGGCUUGCAGCCUGUAGGCGAGAUGCAGCCCAGCACAGCCAAGCAGGGUAGAGGGCGGCAGGUCAAGGUUCUCGUCGCAGAGGACAACCCGAUCGGCCGCAACAUCCUCGUCAAGUUGCUGAACGGGAAGAAUAUCCCUUUCGCCGCUGCCCAGGAUGGUCAGGAAGCCGUCGAAUUGUUCGCCGCCGGCGACGGCUCCUUCACGCUCUUCCUCGCCGACGUCCAGAUGCCUCGACUUGACGGUAUCGCGGCCUCGCACGAGAUCCGACGGCUCGAAGCGGAACGACACUGGCGCCGCUGCAAAAUCAUCGCUUUGACAGGCCUCUCGAGCGACCUCGAUGUGCAGAGGGCGCUCUGCGAAGACGGCCCGAUUGACCAGUGGCUCGUGAAGGGCGGCAAGUCGCUGCGGGUCAUCCUCGACGAGAUCGCCAACCUCCAGAACGAGCUGGACGAGGAGGGAGACUCCGCCGUUCUUAUGUAG